GUUCCGAAACGGCGAGGAAUUGCCCUGGCUGCAAAAUGACGACAAUUAUGACUUCAAUUACCAGCAGGUCCGAGUCUUUCGGGAACACAUCACCCUUUAUCCUGGAGAUCAACUCAUAAUGGAAUGCGACUAUGAUUCAUCGAAUCGGGAUUCUGUGACGGUGAGUGGUUAUGGAACCGCGGAAGAGAUGUGUCUGGCUUUCUUCCAAUAUUAUCCUGCUCUGCACCUUGCUGCCUGCUUCAGUUAUCCCAAAUUCGAGGAGGUGUUCUCUCUGUUCGACAUCACCGACCUCUGGGUCGACCAGGACGGGGGCUUUGACUACAUGGUGUCGGAGAACCAGACUCUGGUGGAUUAUCUGAAUGAGUUUGAUUGGUCGGGCAUCGACAUGGAAGGCUUCCAGGACCUCAUGCGUUACGAUCCUCAUUAUGCCCUGUGCCUCGACGAUAUGAAUGAACUCGUCCUCCCGUGGAAUCUGACAUCGAGCUAUCCCGAAGGCGUGGAACCCUGGAUGCCUCCCGGUCGAGAAUGUCCGUCUGGCAAGAAAACGUUUUAGAGGGUUUGCCUCGCGUUAAAUUGAAUACACCAAUUCCUUCAAUA